UUCCUUGAGCCCUGCGGUGUAGAGGGUAGUCAAUUUCCAUGACCACAAACCAAAGCAGAAGAGUCAAAAUGUCGAAUUUUUUCUAGAAGGUGGAGAGAGAGAAAGAGAGAGAUUGCAGGAUGACACAUGGAGAAAAAUUGGAAAUUUUACAGCUUCCGAAUAUCCCAUCUGGGACGGCAAUGACUUUAGGCCCCCUCUACCUUUUAUAGGGAAAAUGACUGAAGAGAAUCAUGCUUUCCCUUUGAAACAAUUUCUCAUAUCUCUAUCCUCCCACACCCCAACUCCAACUUCACUUGGUCCUUAGCAGAAUCAUGCUUCAUCACCGGCGUGAAGUUGCCAAAAACCAGAUUUCUUCCUUCAAUCCUGCCUAUCAGAUACAUAGCAAUCGUGAUGGAACGGGGGAUAUUGAAUUUGAUUUCUGGAGUGCACGUAAAACCUGGUAUUAUGAUACCUUGAACAGCGUAGAUGCCUGUGAAAUUGAGUUUCCAGUUCAAGCAUGUGUGGAGGAAAGGUUUGGCGAUUGCUCUUUGCCGUUACGGAGAGCCAAUAAGGUGACAGAUGCUUCUCCUCUGCUUCCAAACAACUAUUUUUACAGUAAUCUUUCCCCUAGAACACGAACACAAGCAAUCGAAGAAGGUAGGAAAGAGCUCAUGGAGAUGAUUCGUAACAUGCCCGAGUCUAGCUACGAGCUUUCUUUGAAAGAUAUCGUUGAUGAACAACAUGCAUCAGAGGAGGUCAAAGGGAAAGCUGUUUCUGAAGAUGAAAGCUUUUAUUCUGAAACAGAAGCUCAGACGAAGAAACAGAAGAAGAAGAAAGGGAAGAAAAGAAAGGCAGGUCCAAUAAGCCGAAGUGGAAGUAUGGAGGUUGAUAGUUUCUUAAUAAAGAUGUUUUUCCCAAGUUCUCUAAGUUUCAAGAAGAAAUCAAAGGCUGAAAAUAGCUCCAAGGUUUCCCCAAGUCCAUCGUCUGAGGGAUCUGGGAGGCCUGUCGAAAAGCAAUGGUGGAUUAAAAGGAUUUUCAUCAGAAGGCAUCAUAAAAACAGAGAUGAAAACAGCAGCAACAGCAGCAUUGAUAGCAGCAACAGCAGUACAAGCAGGCAUGCUAACAAGACUUUUUUGCCGGCUUGCUGGCUAUUCUUCCCUGUCAAGAAAAGCAAAGCCAAGAGACAGGAAGAAUUCAUUAUCUGAAAGAGAAUAAAGCUGUGGCAAAUCUGCUAUUACUAGCAGUAGAGAUAACAGAACAGUCCUAACAAGAAGGGAAAUGUCUCCUAUAUAGAAUGUCAUUAGCCUCAAGGGAACACCCCAUCCUUCAGAACUCAGUAUUUGAGACUCCAAGUUGAAGACCUCAGGUUCGAAUUUUGAGAUUGAAAGGAGAAAUUUGCCAAAUAGGAGAGGACUAUCCCUGGUGUAUGACCCAAAAUCAUAUCUUAGAAAAACAAUAAUAAUGUUUUUGACUUAUUUUUACUGCUUAUGCUACUUCCAAAUUUCCUGUGGUAAAGUUGAAAUCUUUAAUGAGUCAGAUAUGCAUAACUUCCUGAAAAUAUAUGGAGCUUUAAUGGCAAGUUGCACCAGAAAUAGCAUGUUUAAGUAAACAACACCUGAUCACAGAAUUAAAAUAUAAUAUAUACAAGCCUGUGCAUGAAAUGAAGCAGAGUAUCUACAUUUUCCAAGAGCACAAGUUUUACGGUAACAUAACUGAGAUUUACAUUUCCUACACAAUAUACAGCAGGAAGCUAGCAAUGCAGUAAAAGAACCCUAUAAAUUAAAAACUUCUUCCUUUCCCUUAUAUGUGAAAACUUUACCUGGGAAUAGUCAAUAAAAAAGGCUAUGUUAGUGAGAUUGUAACAAUUGCUA